AUGCAGCAGGGCGAGGAGAGCUUCCAGUCUGACUUGUCUGUUGCUGGAUGGGCCCAUCUUCAACCCUGUUCAACAUGGCUGCUCACUGCAGCAUUGCUGGUGGUUUACGUGACGAUCGAACCAAUUGUGGACGGUGAUGGUGGAGCGGCUAAUCCAUGCUCUCCUGCCACUAAGUGCAAACUACUGCAUUUAUUUGAUAAAAUUGUAAGGAUAGCCGCGGCGCGAUGGGCGUCAACCGUCUCGGCUGGGUGGUUGUCGUGGCCGCGGCCAGGUUCAACAGAAUGGAUUCAUGGGAUUCGCGACCUGCCUCGCCUGUCUCGUCAUCAACACAGCUAG